GGACCUCCCUUCCCGGAGAAUGGCCCAGAGGUCUCCACAGGAACUCUUCCACGAGGCAGCCCAGCAGGGCAUCCUGGCCCAGCCCCGGCCUUGGUGGAAGAUCCAGCUGUUCAUGUGGGAACCGGUGCUGUUCGGGACCUGGGACGGUGUGUUCACAUCCUGCAUGAUCAACAUUUUUGGCGUUGUCCUUUUCUUGAGGACCGGCUGGCUGGUGGGCAACACGGGUGUGCUCCUGGGCCUGCUCCUGGUGUCCUUCGUCAUCCUCGUGGCGCUCAUCACGGUGCUAUCCGGCAUUGGCGUCGCAGAGCGCGGCGGGAUGGGCAGCGGCGGCGUCUACUCUAUGAUCUCCUCGGUCCUUGGCAGGCAGAUGGGAGGCACAGUUGGGCUGCUGUACGUGUUUGGACAGUGUGUUGCAGGUGCCAUGUACAUCACUGGCUUGUCUGAGUCGAUCUCGGAUCUGCUGGACCUUAGGAACAUCUGGGCAGUGCGAGGAAUCUCCGUUGCUGUGCUUCUGGCAUUGCUGGGCAUCAACCUGGCAGGCGUGAAGUGGAUAAUCCGCCUCCAGUUGCUGCUGCUGUUGCUGCUGGCAGUCUCGACCCUGGACUUCGUGGUGGGCUCUUUCACUCACCUGGACCCAGUGACACCCAGAAGGGCUGACUCCUAUACGGAAGGGGUACUCAGGACUCGCCUCAUGGCCAAGGGCCUGGCGAUGGAUCACCCUGGCUCCCCUGAAGUGCUGCAGCAAGCUCUGCUGGAAGGACGGGGUGCUUCUUCCUGGCCUUGCAGCACCCUGAAGCAGUGGCUCUCACACUGCGGGAGACAGACUGGCCUUGGGCCGCCCGACUCUAUGAAGAGAGAAGCAGUUUACCGAGUCCCUGACUCCCAGGUGCCCUCCUCGCACAGACACAGUUGCUAA